AUGGAAAAGAGCCUUGAAGAGAAGCUGAUGGGCUUGAAGAUGAGGAAGAAGGGCUCCCCAGUCCCAACCCCGUGCCCGGCUCCGAGUAGUGCUGGGGGGCAGGAGCUGGAGAUGGGGACGUGCGAGAUCACGGCGCUGGAUCGGGACCUGAGCCACCCGUGGCGGGCGAUCACCCGGCAGACGGCACGCUGCGCCUGCCGCCACGGCCAAGCCGCCGGCACCGCCCGCGCCAAGCCGGCCUGCGUGGACGCCCAGCUCAUUGCCAGCCGGCAGUGGUGCGGGAUGGAGCCGUGUGAGGAGGGGGAGCAGUGCGCUCUGCUCCGAAACCGCUCGGGCUGGAGCUGCAUGAGACGACUGGGACGAAUAAAAACCAUCACGGUGGAAAUCGUGAAAAAGAAGUAA